GCAAACUGCAAACGAUAAAGAGAUUGCGAAAUUCGGUUAUAAAAUGUGCAAAUACCUUUUAGGAAAAACGUAUCGAUAGAGAGAGGAGACGUAGCUCAGAUUUGUAUACAACUUGUGUGUUCUUUUCUUUUUUGUUUACCCCUUUUUGCCACCUCACAAAUUGAUAUGAUUCAAAUUUAUGUAAAACCCUGAAAAAUAAUUCCCCAAGCGAAACGCACGCCAAUCCCAAAACUCAUACAGACUCUCUUUUACAAAUGCAACAACAGGGCUUAUUCCUCCGCCCUCUGACUUUCCGCAAAAGCGAAAUAACAGCAACCAGGGAAAGGGAGAAAAAGAGAGACAUUGAAUUCAGAGCAGAAACCACCCACGGGCCAAAACGAAAAUGCUCCAAAAACACGAGAAGAAGAAGGAAAAAGUUGUUUUGACUUUAAUGUCAAUGCCAGUGUCUGGUUGCUGUCCCGUCCUGUGCAACUGUCAAGCCAGGCGACAGGAACAUGGACGGACUCCGCAACGGGCAACGGCAACGGGCAACGGCAACGGGCAACCCAGACUAGACUCAGAGCCGGGAUACGCCGGGGGGAAUCACAUUCGGUUCGCCUGUUACGCUUGUCUGUCAGGAAAGCAGAGAAAAAAAAAUACAAAAAAAAAGGAAGGGAGAGGAAAGCAGGGCAAAACAGGGAGCAGGGACCAGGGACAACAUCCCGAGCGCAGAACCAACUGGAGCGUAUGCUGGAUGAACGACUACAACUCCCAGGCGGACUCUGGCCAGGAUUGGAGCAUGGGAACAAGUGAUAUGUCGAUUUACUCGAAUCGACUCGACUCCAACUGCCCCAUUUCAGCUAAUGGCGGCGUCUAUUACUCUAUGCGUCCGUCUUUCCGUCUUCCUCUCUUUCUCUGUCUGUCUGACGCCUGGGGCUGUGAUUAGCCAUCACAAUCGAUUGGAAAUGCUCUCUAAUUUGCGAAUUGGCCACAGAAUCAAAGGAAAGCUUUGACUAAUUGCUGAUUUCUAGUGGUUUUUCCUCCAUUCAAACCAACUGUCAACAGCAGCAAUGUGGCAAAAUGUCGCAAAUGAAAAGCUCAAGUGUUCAAAUUGCAUUUU